GUGUUGGUUUUGCACUCAUUUACAGAUAAUGUCCUCAUUUUAAUGAAUCCAUGUCUUCAUCUUAUUGACAGUAAUUUGGAUCCACUGACAGAGACAUACGGUCUGUCCUUUUAUCUGCAAUACUUAGCCCAUUGGCCGGAAUGCUUCCAAGUGGUGGAGGCGCCCAAUGGACACAUCAUGGGAUACAUCAUGGGUAAGAUUGAGGGACAGGGAGACCAAUGGCACGGACACGUGACAGCCCUCAGUGUUGCCCCGCAGUACCGAAGACUCAAUUUGGCCGCAAAACUCAUGAAUGCUUUGGAACAGACUUCGGAUAAAAAACAAGCAUUUUUUGUCGACCUCUUCGUAAGGGUUUCCAAUAGAGUGGCCGUUGAUAUGUAUAAAAGACUCGGUUAUAGUGUUUACCGAAGAGUUUUAGAGUACUAUUCAGGAGAUCCAGACGAAGAUGCGUUUGAUAUGCGAAAAGCCUUACCUCGAGAUAAACACAAGAAAUCCAUAAUCCCUUUACAACAUCCCGUCAGACCUGAAGACUUGGAGUAAGGGUUUCAGUAGAACUUGAUUUUAGUUCAUAAAUAAAAGUGAAAACAUUUCAAAUGUUAAAAGGAUAUGAAUUCCAGUGUUUUAUUACCG